UUAACAUGCCGGUCCGGCGGAGGUGAUUGAUCAGGGAAUGUGGCGCUCAGGUUCGGCUUGUUGCGGUCAUCGACUUCGGUGGGGGAAGACGGCGCCCGGUUCCUGUGUUGAGCUCGUUGUGAAAACCCGGACUCCUCCGAGUUCGUUGUGGCUGGGAGCUCAGAGCGCUGACGUGAGAGCGGAGGAGAACCACCGCUGGCUUCGGGGGGGGAAUUUGAGAAAUACCAGCGGGAGAAACUGGCGUCCCAAGUCCCGUGUUCAUUAUUUUGGUGAAUCGCCGUUUCGGCUGGAGAAGAACUACCUCGUUCGGAUGUGCUAGCCAGUGCGGUCCUGCGGAUUGGAGCAAGCCGGGUCGGGUGUCUUGGUCCUGAGCGGGAGGUGGACAGUGGUGACUCGCCCCCCCGGCAGCCCUGACCCCCUCGCCCCGGGCGCCCCGCAGCCAGCUGGCCAUGUCCGAGCGCGGCCUGAGCCCCGCGCAGAGCGGCGCCGGCCGGCCGCUGUACCCGCAGUGGGGCUUCGGCGCCGCGCCGCAACCGUUCACACAGGCCGGCCUGCAGAAUCCGGAUCCCGCCUCGGCCCCGGCCUACACCGGGAUGGCGCAUCACCCCCAGCACCUCUUCGCCUUUUCCGGGGCCGGGGCGGACUACAAGAGCGCCGACUUCCAGAUGUCCCAGCCGCGGUACUGGUACCCGCCCCCCGGCCCGGAGCUGACCGGCCAGGUAGCGGGAAUAAACGCCGCCGCCGCCCAGCCUGUGAACCUCAGCCCCCCCAUCGCCGAAACCCGGGAGCAGAUCAAGACCGAGAGGGACGCGGAAGAGUACCCGCUGGCCAAGGGCGGGCAGCCGGGCUCCUCUUCCAGCUCGGCCGAGGCCGUGUCUUACUCCGGCCCCUGGGGCUCGCCCUUCUGGCCCGGCCUCGCUCACAACCCGGGCGGCACCCCUGCCCCGGCGGGCUUCCCCGCGUCCAGGUUCCGAGACGCCCCGGCGACCCCGCAGCACCACCACCACCAGCAGCAGGAGCAGCAGCAGCAGCAGACCCCCAGUAGUGGCCAGCCGUCCAGCAGCGGGGCCAGCGACUCGGAGGACGAGGAGGUGAUCACCUCGCAGGACCUGGAGCAGUUUUCCAAGGAGUUCAAGCAGAAGCGCAUCACCAUGGGCUUCACGCAGGCGGACGUGGGCCUGGCGCUGGGGCACCUGUACGGGAAGAUGUUCAGCCAGACGACAAUCUGCCGCUUCGAGGCUCUCCAGCUGAGCUACAAGAACCUGUGCAAGCUCAAGCCCCUGCUGCAGAGCUGGCUGGCCGAGGCCGAGGCCUCGGAGAACCCCCAGGAUCUGUUCAAGGUCGAGCGCGUCUUCCUGGACACCCGCAAGCGGAAACGGCGGACGAGCCUGGAGACGAGCGUGCGCGGCGCCCUGGAGUCCUACUUCGCCGGCUGCCCCAAGCCCAACGCCCAGGAGAUGACCCGCAUCGCCGACGACCUCGGGCUGGAGCGCGACGUGGUGCGAGUGUGGUUCUGCAAUCGGCGGCAGAAGGGCAAGCGCCUGUUGAUGCCCUUCGAGGAGGAGGACGGGCUGGAGGGGCAGCCCUUCGAGCAGAGCCCCCCCAUGCCCCUGGGGAUGGGGUCCCUCCCUGGCGGGGGGUACCCUGGGGUCACGCUGCCUGCGGGCUCCCACCUCUACAUGGCCCCCUUCCCCGGUCCGGACGCCCUGAAGCAGGGCCUGCACCCUGGGCUGGCCUUGCGGGUGGGGAACCUUUCUAGCUAGGCUUCCCCAACCCCCCCCCGACACCAGACUCCUGUGUACCCCCACCCCCAUCCCUUGGAGGAGCUUGGCGGACAGCAGCUGACCUCGAACCCUGCUCCUCCUGCAGACCUCGCCUGCGAUGGAGAACCUCCUGGGAGUCUCCCGACUUGCUGGAUUGUCACACCCCUUGACUGAAUUCCAUUUCGACAGGAAGCCCGUGUCCUGGGGGCGGCAGACCCCCGUGUGGACUGUUUUCCAGGCACAGGGCUGUGUUUUAAUUUUUUUUAAUGAUAAAAACAAAGGAACCGGUCAGUUAAGUUCCUGUUUUUUAAGCUGAUGUGGAUAGAGCCUGUGACCUCGGGGGGCGCCCUCAGAUCGUCUGCAGUGCUGCUGCCCAGUUUGUGGUGCAGUUUCGUCUCCCCCAAGAGCAUGAAGUGGGAGUGGGAGACGUCAAGCCCAGUUGUAAAACGGCCCUCUUUGCUGGGUGCAGGGCUUGCCUCCGAGCCCCGUCUGUGAGCCCUGGAGGGCUGGGAAGCGCAGGCCGGAGACGCUCCUCGUGUCCGGGGGGCUACCUGCCCAGCCGGACCGGGGUUGCUGGACAAUGUCCUGGGGGGGCAGGGGAGGGGGGGAGACAUUGUGCACUGUUUCUCUCUGCUCCCCCAGCCCCCCCCCCGAGCCGCUCUGCGUCAGCCUGUGAGACCCCACCCCCCCAGCCAGCCAGUGGCACCGACAGAGCACGAGGGGGCUGUUUUUAAAAGGUCUUGGAGUGGGGGUGGGUCCCGGGACACAAGCUCCCUCUCUGUGGGCUGGAGCGCCUUGUGUGAGCUGUGAUGGGUCAGCCUGAACGUUGGCCUGAUCGUCACUGGAUCUCUAGUCAGUCAAGCUGGUGCCUUAAAACACCUCUGUCCUGCCCUGCAGUGUUGAGUUUCUGAGGGGGGGGCAAAUUGAUGUUUUCCUAUGUGCCCCUGGGUGAUUCUGUCAUUGGCGUCGUACCCAGCCUGUGGGACUGCUGACUUGUUCAAUGGGUUAAUUAUUGUACUGAUCGACUGGAGCUCUGCUGUGUGCCGAUUGGGGAAAGUCUGAGGUUUGGCCAGUCUCUUAAUUUUUAUUUUUUUUGCCGCGAGAAGAUUUUGGGUUCGCUGAACCAGUUCCUGGCCUGUUUGUUGUGUUUUUUUGCCCUGCUGGCACCCGAGAAUGGCCGUCUGCUCGGCCCACCACCCCACCCCCCCUUGAGCAGCGGCGAGGC